GUUCUCGCUUGCGGGGCAGUGCCAGGGCCAGGGGUGAGCUCCUCCAAUGCUCAAUGCUGACAGUGGCUUGAUGGGCAAAGUGGCAUCUUCUGACGGCGAUUUCAAAGCAGCCCGUUGCCCGUUGCCACCCUUUCUGUUGCUCCCAGACUUGGGUUAGUUUAUUUUUGGCGGGCGGUCGACUUCUUUUUUCAUCUCAUUUUGCUGCCAGAGUCGCAUUGAGGUGCAUAAUUGUAAAAAUCCAAUUCUCCCUUCACCUCCGACCAGCCGCCGUGGUGUUCGGUACCUAUUCUUGAUCGCCAUGGUGCUCAUCAAGAGCUUCGUGCUCGCCAGCCUCGCAGCUGCGGCUGCCGCCAAGUCGGCUGUCCUCGACCUCAUCCCGGAUAACUUCGACAAGGUGGUCCUUAAAUCCGGCAAGCCGACGCUGGUCGAAUUCUUCGCGCCGUGGUGCGGCCACUGCAAGAACCUCGCGCCCAUCUACGAGGAGCUCGCGCUUGCCUUCGAGCAUGCCAAAGACAAAGUACAGAUCGCCAAGGUCGACGCCGAUGCCGAGCGGGACUUGGGCAAGCGCUUCGGCGUGCAGGGCUUCCCGACCCUGAAGUUCUUCGACGGCAAGAGCGACAAGCCUACCGAGUACAACGGGGGUCGGGACCUUGAGAGCUUGUCCAACUUCAUCACCGAGAAGACUGGCGUGCGGGCGAGGAAGAAGGUGGCGAAGCCCAGCAGCGUGGUCAUGCUUACGGACUCGACGUUCAAGCAGCACAUUGGCGGGGACAAGAACGUCCUGGUGGCCUUUACCGCCCCGUGGUGCGGCCACUGCAAGAACCUCGCGCCCACCUGGGAAAAGCUCGCCGAGAACUUUGCCAACGAGCCCAACGUCCUGGUCGCGAAGGUUGACGCCGAUGCCGAGACGGGCAAGGCCACCGCUGCCGAGUACGGCGUGAAGGGGUACCCGACCAUCAAGUUCUUCCCGGCAGGCAGCACCACGCCCGAGGAUUACAGCGGCGCGCGGUCCGAGGAGGCGUUUGUCACCUUCCUGAACGAGAAAGCGGGCACGCACCGCGCGGUCGGCGGCGGCCUCGACGCGGUGGCCGGCACCAUCGAGUCGCUCGACGCCGUCGUCGCGAAGCUCGUCGGCGGCACUGCGCUAAGCGAGGCGGCGGCUGAGGCGAAGAAGACUGCCGAGAGCCUCACGGACAAGGCGCAGGCCAAGCAUGCCGAGUACUACCUCCGGGUCUUUGAGAAGCUGGGCAAGAGCGAGGAGUAUGCGGCCAAGGAGCUCGCCCGUCUCGAGGGCAUCAUCAAGAAGGGCGGCUUGGCGCCCACCAAGCUGGACGAGCUCACCAGCAAGACCAACAUCCUGCGCAAGUUCGUCGAGAAGCCGACGGAGAGCGAGGACAAGGAGGAGAAGGAGGAGAAGGAGGAGAAGGCGGCGAAGGAGGAGCUUUAACUCUGAGACGAAGAUUCCAUACCAUGGUCUGGCUGAACUAGCAAUGUACAAUUCCAAUUCCAUGAAGGUUACAUCUCGGGUCUCGGCUGAUCUGGGGCUCAAGAAAAUGGCGCCGGCUUGUUCCGUGACAACUGAUGUUACCCGGCACCUGGUUCACCAAGCGACGCUAUCCCAUGCUCCUCCCGUCAAACUCCGCAAACUCCGUAUGCUCCUGCCUGCAAACAAACCGCUAUCCAUAACCCCAAGCAUCAGUUAGACCCAGAGUUCUUCUCUUUGUUGGCCGUCAACUGCGCCUCAAGGUUGUCCAGCCGGCGCGACAUCUCGUCCACUAGAACCC